UCGGGCGGGAAGGGGGAAGCGCGGAGGCUGCCUGACUGGAAUGAGGGUAGCUGCGGCGACUGAGGCGGCGGGAGCGGGGCCGGCCAUGGCGGUGUGGACACGGGCCACUAAAGCGGGGCUGGUGGAGCUUCUCCUGAGAGAGCGCUGGGUCCGAGUGGUGGCCGAGCUGAGCGGGGAGUGUCUGAGCUUGACGGGCGACGCCGCGGCGGCCGAGUCGGAGCCCGCUCUGGGGCCGGCAGCGGCCGCCUUCAACGGCCUCCCGAACGGCGGCGGCGCCGGCGACUCGCUGCCCGAGAGUCCGAGCCGCGGCCUGGGGCCCCCGAGCCCGCCCGCGCCGCCUCGGGGCCCCACGGGAGAGGCGGGCGCGUCGCCGCCGGUGCGCCGGGUGCGGGUGGUGAAGCAGGAGGCGGGCGGCCUGGGCAUCAGCAUCAAGGGCGGCCGCGAGAACCGGAUGCCGAUCCUCAUCUCCAAGAUCUUCCCGGGACUGGCGGCCGACCAGAGCCGGGCGCUGCAGCUGGGCGACGCCAUCCUGUCGGUGAAUGGCACGGACCUGCGCCAGGCCACCCACGACCAGGCCGUGCAGGCGCUGAAGCGCGCGGGCAAGGAGGUGCUGCUCGAGGUAAAAUUCAUUCGAGAAGUAACACCAUAUAUCAAGAAGCCAUCCUUAGUAUCAGACCUGCCAUGGGAAGGUGCAGCUCCCCAGUCACCAAGCUUUAGUGGCAGUGAGGACUCUGGUUCUCCAAAACACCAGAACAGCACCAAGGACAGAAAGGUCAUCCCUCUCAAAAUGUGCUUUGCUGCUAGAAACCUAAGCAUGCCGGAUCUGGAAAACAGAUUGAUAGAGCUACAUUCUCCUGAUAGCAGGAACACGUUGAUCCUCCGCUGCAAGGAUACAGCCACAGCACACUCCUGGUUCAUAGCUAUCCACACCAACAUAAUGGCUCUCCUCCCACAGGUGUUGGCUGAGCUUAAUGCCAUGCUUGGUGCAACUAGUACAGCAGGAGGCAGCAAGGAAGUCAAGCACAUUGCCUGGCUGGCAGAACAGGCAAAACUAGAUGGUGGGAGACAACAAUGGAGACCUGUCCUCAUGGCUGUGACCGAGAAAGACUUGCUGCUUUAUGAUUGUAUGCCAUGGACAAGAGAUGCCUGGGCAUCACCGUGCCAUAGCUACCCUCUUGUUGCUACAAGGUUGGUUCAUUCUGGCACUGGAUGUCGAUCACCUUCCCUGGGAUCUGAUCUUACAUUUGCCACCAGGACAGGCUCUCGGCAGGGCGUUGAAAUGCAUCUCUUCAGGGUGGAGACACAUCGGGAUCUAUCAACCUGGACCAGGAUACUGGUUCAGGGUUGCCAUGCUGCUGCUGAACUGAUCAAGGAAAUCUCUCUAGGCUGCACGUUAAAUGGCCAAGAGGUAAGAUUCACUGUCCACUAUGAAAAUGGGUUCACUAUCUCCAGGGAAAAUGGAGGCUCCAGCACCAUAUUAUACCGCUACCCAUUUGAACGACUGAAAAUGUCCGCUGAUGAUGGCAUCAGAAAUCUCUAUUUGGAUUUUGGUGGUCCUGAGGGAGAACUGACGGUGGACCUGCACUCUUGUCCAAAGCCGAUUGUUUUUGUGUUGCACACGUUCUUGUCGGCCAAAGUCACUCGUAUGGGACUGCUUGUAUGAGCAGCAAAAAGGAAAGAACCUUGACUGUCACAAGAAGUAUUUUCGCCUCCAAAAAAAGAAAAAGAAAAAAAAAAGCACAAAAAGAAAGCUCUUUGCUCUCUCUACUCCAGCACAGUGCCUUCCCAAAGACCUGCAAAUCACUGCGGAACCAUAUUGGGUUUAAAGAAGAGCCUACUUUGGUCAGAAAUUCAAGGACUCUAAUAAGCUCCAAAAUGAAGCUGUUGUCAUUUCAUUUUAUAAUUUGGUUUAGAAGUAAUUAGGUUUAUUUUUCCUGUUAAAAAAGGGUGGCUCUGUGUUUUUCUUUUUUUGGACAUAAUCAACUAACCAAGAGCUGCUGUUUUAUUUUGUUUUGUUUUGUUUUUUCCUGUAAAAUUUGUUUUUAGGCUUAGCCUUGGUGUCUUAUUAGGAUGGUUAUCCCUUCCCAGGUGCUAGUAUACAGCAGCUAUUGCUUCUUGGUCAUUCCAGAUGUUGGAUGCUUUGUAGUGUACUGCCUUAGCUUACUCUUUCAACUUUAGGAAGUCUCUGAGUUGCAUCACCAAAGGGUUCUUUCAUCUGUGCUGGUUCUUGCCCCACCUGCCCAUCACUACCCACCUUAUCACCAGCUUUCCCACUCAUAAGUGCUAACUUUAGGGCUCAGAACUUGCAAAUUUGAUUAGCCUUGCUUUCUACUCCUUUUCUGGUGGUAACCAAACUGAAAAGCAAGUUGGAUACCACUUAUUUGGAAGAAAAGUUUUGCUUGUUUUAGGUUUUUCUGACUUUGUUUUUGGUAGGAGCCAGGGGACGUUAUAAGAUUUAUUUUAAAAGAAAAUCCUCAUUUUAAGCUAAGCCAUCUUUUAUCGCUUACCACAUGUGCCUUUCGUUAGGGUUAGUGGAGCUUUAUGAGUCACUAUUUAAAUAACUGGAUAUCACUGCCAUACUGGGUGUAUUAUCUAUCCUAAUUUCAUAAAGUAGUCUUUGAGGCGAGCUUUCUUAAUGGCAUCUUUUCUGGUUGGCAGAUAUCUUUGAGGAAAAUAGAUCCAAAAGAACUAUCUUGAUUAAAGAGUAAGCUUUGUUGGCAAAGCCAGUUCUUUUGCACAGCAUCAUGUCAAGUUGCUUUGGACUAUGUGAGCCCAUACAGGAUCCUGGCCCUGGCACUGGUCCUCUUUUGUGGCAGCAAAGUGGUAUUGACAAGUCACUGCCAAAUUGUUGACUUCAUAACACAUCCUAUAGAGGGCAGGGUGAUGAGACCAUGGCACAGUUACUUUCGUUGUAUUGAGUAUUGUCAGGUGUCAUCAUUAGGACAGAGUAGCUGUAAGACUGCUGAUUUUUGUGGUCUUGAAGAAUCAUACUCAGCUUAUUUUCCCUAAUUUUGAAGGGGGUAUAUAUCUCUGAAAACAUUUUUAAAUAGUAUAAUAUCUACAUAAAAUGUCAAGAAUAGUGUAGUCCCUGAAUCUGAAAGAAGAGGAGACUUUGACGUGGAUGUGCUCUAGAUCUAGGAAUAGUUCUCAUUUUCUAGAUUUAUCAGGAGCGCCACAUGGGAAUGUGAGCACUACAGAGGGUGAAGGAGGGUGGCACUUCAAAUGGGAUGGGAAGAAAAAAGGAAGGAAAAUAACUUUUCAUGCAAAACUUGAGCUAUUUUGUUUGAAUGCAUACUGACUGAUAAGUGGGCCACAUGAGAGCAGACAUCCUAGCAGAUGCUGUGACCCCACGUCCUCCCUUUGCCCUCCCUCUGCCCAUACAAAUAGUCCUUCUUACCCUGUGCUGUGAGAUGAACAGUAUUAGAGCUUGGGGAGAGAUGCCUGUCCUGCCCCCAGCUUCAAGUAAGUGUUGAAGCUCCAAAAAUGAUGGAUCUGAUCCAUUUAAAAUUGGAAAUGAAAAUUUAGACAAGAAUAUCUUUCAGGAGUGCCCCCAACACACAUACCCUGAUACCAGGGAUUGCAUCCAGGGACAUUCUACCACUGAGCUACAUCCUAGCCCUUUUUAUUUUGACACAGGACCAUGCUACUUGACUCAAAUUUGUGAUCCUCUUGCCUCAGCUUCUGGAGUCACAGGGAUUAUAGGCAUGUGCCACUGUGGUCAGCCCAAAAGCUUUUUAUUUUGAAAAUUCAGAAACCUAAGGUGGUUGCAUCUGAGCUAUAUAUGUAAUUGAUGGAGGAAAUGUUUUGAAGGUCUACCUCUGAUUUCUGGAAGCAAAAGGUCAACAAAUAAUGAGCUCAGAUGAGAGCUUGGACACUCAUGUUAAGGUGAAAGUUGAAUGAUGCAUUCACAGAUGUUAGCAGCAAAGCUAUCUGGUUGAAGCUUUUUGUGUUGAUAUGAAAAUCUAAGCCACAGAGAUUUGCAGGAAAUUUCUGAGCCACCCUGCUCAUUAUUAAUAUGAAGAAGAUCUGUAAAAUAUGUGUGAUUAAAACAUAACAAAGUUUUUGGGCAGAGAGAGGGCAUUGUGCAUUUCAACCCAUUUUGCUCAAAUUUAAACUGUCACACAGUGCCAGGCACAGUAGCCCACACCUAUAAUCCCAGCAACUUGGGAGACUAAGGCAGGAGGACCUUGAGUUGAAGGCCAACCUCAGCAACUUGAUGAGGUCCCAUCUCAAAAUUAAAAUAAUAAUAAUAAUUUUUGUAGCUCGGUGAUAAAGCACCCCUGGGUUCAAUCCCUAAUCCUCGAAGAAAAUAAAUAAAUAAUAAAAUUGAAAAAAAUAUAUAUAUAUAUAAAAUCACUAAAUGUCAUGUAUAGCACUGAGGCUCACAGGGUUUUUAAUAAUAUCUUUUGAGUUUGAUGUAAAAUGAAAAUAUGUGGGUGGGUUUUUGUCUACUAACGAGCCCCAAGAGCAAAAGCCCUAAGCUGAUUGUUUUACAUACUUUGACAGCUUUCUUGUCGUGGGCAGUCAAGGUUGUUUCAAUUAAGUGUGUUUGUGGGAAUUUCAAAUCAUAAAUGAAGUGCUUUUUAUGAUGAAAUACCUUGAUAUAUGUAUUUUAUAUUUAGAUGCCAAAAUAUGGCAAAUUAUUUUCAAAUGGACAUUUUUAUAUUCCACCUCUUUAUAGAACCAGCAAAAAUUUCAUUUCUUUUUCAUUGUGAAUUAAGAAAAUUAAUGAGGAUGUUGAGGGCUCCCAUGUGUAGAAUAGAAAGGAAAUUGCAGCAUGAUGUGACCUCUGAGACCAGGGACUUAGGCAUCUUCUCCACAUUCCGCACAGAUGGCUAUACACAGCCAGGUUGUGUAUAAAAAGUCUUCCUCCUCUUCCCUAAAACUUCUUUCUUUCCAUAAAAAGAAAAGAAAGGGAACAAAAUAAAUGAAUAAAAUAAAAGUCUCCAUUUUUCUUUAAAAAGGUUGUCCUUUCCUGAAACAAUUAAACAGACCUUACCUGGAAAUUAGUAUCUAAUAUUCUAUAUGAAGAAAUUCUAAAUGUAUGUUUAUAAAGUAUUUAUUAGAUAGUUGUAACUAUAAACUCACCUACCUAGUAGAGUUUCAAUUUAAAUAUCGGGACGUGGGUAGGCAAUCAAAAAUAUUACUUUAAAUUCCAUUCACCUAUAUUAAAAGCAAUGUUCAGUAAUUUUUAGACUAGGGAAAGUCCGAUAGUGUGUGUUUUUAUCAUUUGAAAUUCUCAUAAACUUUGUUACUGAAAAUUAUUUAUGGCAGGAGAGACUGAAUUUCUUACUUUUUUGUAAGUGAAAAAAAAAAUCUGUAUUCAACAGAUGGCUAACAUUGUUUCUGAUUGCUUUCCUAACUUAUCCUCCUAAGCAGAAUGGCAACAGAGCUUUUCUUCAUCUGAUUAAAUGUACUUAGCUGAUAAACCAAAAUUUUUUCUUUAAAUAAAAAAUUUAGACUGUG